UCCGCCGCGGCGGCACCGGGCUCCCCGCGGCAGCGGCGGGGCUGGGCUGGGCUGGGCUGGGCAGCUCGGGGCUGGGGAAGGGGCGGGAGCGGCGGCGGGGGCAGCCCCGCAGCCCCGGCGGGCGGACGGAGCCGGAGCCCCGAGCUCGCAGCAUCCUCGCCGACUCAAGAUGACGACGGCCACGCCACUGACCAAUGACACUCAGCUCUCAGUGAAUGUCACCACAAAGUCUCAAGAACACAAUCUCUAUCAAAGUUCUGGAGCAAUAGUUGCUGCCAUCGUGGUGGGGGUGAUUAUUAUUUUCACAGUGGUUCUGCUCAUCCUGAAAACAUACAACAGGCGCAUGCGAGUGCGGCGGGAGCUGGAACCCAAAGCCUCCAAGCUGGCAGUGCCACCUCCUGUGGGGCACAGCAGCCACAGCCUGGCCCAGCAGCCCUCGGUGACCUUCAUCCCCGUGGACAUCCACCUGCAGAGCAGGUAACCAGGAGCUCCCUGCCAGAGAGAUGGAAUUGUUAUCCCAUGGAGCUGGGACUCCUCAGAGAGCUGCCCUGGGAACAGCAGCCAGCUGUAACCUGACACAAACCCUGGUUCCUUGCUUUGGGAGGAAAAUCCAGAGCUCUGGACACUUCUGCUGGGACUGAAAUAGCAGGUGGAAGUCUAGGAACCACCAGGAUGGCAGCGAGGCCUCCUCUGGGUCUGGACAAACCAGGAAGAGAAGAUAUCCAGGUUUUGGGGAGCUUUUGCUUCCUCAGAGACUCUGAACUCUCUCUGUUCUGCUGAUGAACUGGAGGAAAGGUCUGGACAUGCCCCAAACUCAGUUUGGACCUGAGUUUAUUACGAGUUACAUGGAAGAGGUUUGUGGAUUAUUUUAUACCUGAUGGGUAGUAGAGGAGGUACCAAAACUGUAUUUAUCUUUACUCCUAUUUCAUGUUUCUAAUCUCACAUAUGUACAGGUUGAGGAAAAAAAAAGUUACUUCUUAUUUUCAAGUAUUUUUAAACUAUUUCUAUAAACUCUGUAACUCUGCAUUUCUGAAGGAACUCGGUGUCUGAGGGGUUUCACUCUCAAUUCAGGUUCAUGGCUGGAGCUGUGUUAGAAUGCUCUGUCCUACACAAAAUCUGAGUUAACUGAAAAAAAUAAGCAUGGAAAUAGAAAAAACCAGCUUGGACAAAGCAGGGGAGGCUCUGUGCUGCCCCAAUGUGCCACUCACCCUGCAAGGCUUUGCUCUCUAGUCAGCCCAACUAUUUUUAGCCAUUUUUUAUUCUCAAAACCAACCCAAAGCGAGGCUGUUUUGUGAGUGUGAGGGCUGUGGGUGUGCAGCAGUGGCACAAAGGAAUUCCCAGGGACACUCACAGCCCACGGGGGGGGAACAGAGCACCAUUGUCAGACACUGACUGCCAGAUUGUCUGAGAUUUUAUAUUUCAUAUUUUUUUCCAAUAAGCUUGGAUCUCUUGAGCAGGUUGGUUUAACUAACUGGUAAUUUUUAUUGUGCAGAAACUAAAUUCAAUUGCUUUGCAAUAUUCUUUUUUGGCUGAAACUGGAGCACAGUUUGGAUUCCAAACCAAAUAUUGAGACAGCUGCUUGGGAAGUUUCUGAAUCUCCUUCUAAAUAUUUCUCUUGUCCCGGUUCUUUACCUUAUUUUUUGUGGCAGGGAGGAUUGAUUUAAGAAUUCAAAAGGGACAACAGAUGCACAUCUAAUUUUUUUUCCAAAAGAAUAUAAAGGAGCUGGUUUUCUGUUUCUAUCUCUGGAUGUUCUCUGAGCAGUUCCAUGGGAUCAAAAUCAAGAUUUUUGGGGAAGAAAAGCCCAUCUUACUGUUGUUUUUUUAACAUUCUCUAGCCAGACCUACUUGUAGCACAUUUUGUUUACUUUCCAUUUGCUUCAUUCCAAGCCAGCACAGUUCACAAGCAGAGUAAGCAGAACUACUGCAAGCAGCUCCAGUUUCACAGAAUUACUAUUGCUGGCAGCAGAAUUGGCUGCUGGGACCACACCAGCAUUGCUCCAGCUGAAAAAUUCAAAUAAAACUAAAAUCUGCAUCACAUUGGCACCUCCUGGGAGGCCCCACAACCCCUCCUGGCAGCAAAGCCCAGAGCUCGUGCUGAGCAAGCAGAACACCUUCUCAAGGAACAAAACCCCCUGCUCUAUGCCAUUUGCUGUGGAUUUGAGCUUUCCAGGAACAAUCUCACACUCUCCCUGCCCUGGUAACUCAGCUGCCUCAGGGCUGAUCCAGCCUGUCCUGAUUUGGCCCCCAGGUUCCACUUCCAAAUGCACAGAUUUUGGGAAUGCUCCCCUUCAGCUGGCCUUGCCUUGCAAGGAUCAAUGGUUGGGUUUUUCCUCCUUAAUGUUCUGCAGGACCUUCAGCAGGUCAGAUCCUCCGGUAAAAUGUUUAAUUUUUCACUGCUGGGUAAGUCCUGACCCCAAAACUCAGCUCUCCCCCCUAUUUCCAUCCUCCUUAACCCAGCAGAGAGCACGGAGCUCCACCUAGUGUCCUCCUGCCUUCCCACGGGUUCUAACCCGUGCUCCUCAACAAAAACAUCAAGCAAUUCCAGCUUCAGCUGUCACCUUUACUAAACUCCCUCAUCCACGGUGCCAGGGCUGUUGAGCAGCCAAGUCAAGCACCGUCCCAAGUUUGGCCGUGCAAAACUCAGAUUAUUAAAAGUCUAAGCAGAUAAAAUA